CUUUACCCUCUAUGCCACAGCUCUGGCCCCUAGGACAGCCUCUUAUCAGGAGUUAUCAGGGAACACAGAGCAGUAAUGUGCUUGGCUACAGACACACACAUGGUUGGCCAAGUUUGAGUUUUUGUGUCCCUAACCACUGGGCUCUGCGGCCCCGUGUUGCUGGCAUCAGAACUGAAUGACAACACUUGUCAUCUAUCAGACCCUUCUAUAAUUACUACAAUACUAACUCCAUUUCUGGUCUGCUCUCUGAGGCAUAGAGAGGUAAGCCCUUGCCCACGGUCUCACAGCUAAGAAGUGGUGAAACUAAGAGAUGUACCUACUUCCUCACUGCUACACUAAAUUAAAAGACGUAAUUGAGAUCAUAUAUGUAAAUUAUAAUAUCUACCACUUGGCACCCAUGAAGCAUUGAUCUAAACUUUUCUGCAUGUAUGAAUUAUUCAGUCCUCAUGCUAGCCCUCUGAAAGCAAUGCUAUUCCUCCCAAUACAAGAGAAAACUGAGGUGCAGAGGAGCAAUCAUUUGUCCCAAGUCCCAUAAGCUAAUAUAUCAACGAUGACAUGUUGAACCUGACAGUGUGUCUUGAGAGUGUGUUGUUGACCCCCCCAACAGCAUGUGCAAAUGGCCUGGGUUCACAUAGAUAGUGAUUAUCAUUCUUCAGCAGGUAGGAUGGGAAAUCCAUGUCCUGGGGCCAGGAUUGGAAAGAGAUGGGAGGACACGCAGAAACCCUGUCAGGUGGUGACACCUGGAGAGGAAAGUGGCUGCGUGGUGUCUGGUGAUUAAGAAGGUGCAGGGAGGGGUGCGGUGUCCUUUACUUCACAGACUGGAGCCGUGUGGCUCGGGGUUGUGGUAGUGGUGGUGGUGAGGAGAGGGGAAUUCUGGGUCUACAAGGGGGUGAGGUCAGCAUUUGCUGAGAUGGGGAGGCCGCUUGCCCGUGGAGCUGCUGAGGAGUGGGAAUCCUGUUGAGUAUGAGAUGAAGUGAGCCAUCAGGAUGCGGUUGGAUAUGUGAGUCUAAAGUUCCCGGAUGAGGUCCCGGGUGGGUUUUGCUUUGGUAGUUGUGGGAUGGUGGGAAACCACGGAGGGAGGCCAUGAAGAAUGGUUGGCUGCCCCUUGCAGUGACCAGACUUCCCGACAUCCCAGCCUCCUGCCCUCUGCUGUGGCCAUUGUGAGUGGCAGCUCUGCGGGAGGUGAGCAGGUGCACAAAUUAAACUUUAACACUAGCCUAGAGCUGUAGCUACGCAUGUCAACAAACAACCUAGCCAGAGAUUUAUCAUGUUAAAAAUCUGAAGGGUGAUCAUUACACACUGCAUGGAUGUAUUGAAAUGUUACACUGUGCUCCAAAACUAUGUACAGCUACUAUGUGUCAGUUACAAAUUAUUUUUCAAAAGAAAAAAAAAGUGAUUUCCCAUAAGACAUGUAACUUUGUUUCAAUGACUGCAGGUACAAGCAAAUUCAGCUUACCCAACCCUUCCUUGGAGUAUGCUAACUUUACACCCCCACCCCAGAUGACUGGAUCAUAAGGUGUUUUGCCCCCUCAAAAACCGCAGUCACAUUAAAUGUUACGGGAGUGAUUAAAGUCACAGGGUCUGAUUGAAAAGUCUGAGUUUCAUACAAGUUCCAUUUUCCUACAUAGGAUGAGAUUCUUCUUACAUAAAAUUUCAUGUCGGCCUGGGAAAAAGGACCACACAAAACUGCACCAGGCGUCUCCCCAGGAGGUUCUCCACCACCGAGUCAUCCACCAGGGCUCAUAAACGUGUUGUAUCAUGGUGACCUUUUGUUUGUUUCCUUGACUGCCGUGUUGGAACUGAGACUUCUUGACAAAAAAGGAAAUGUGGUUUUUUCCCCACUGUAACCCCGGUAUGCAGCAUGCAACAGCCACUGAAAUAUGUGGGGACCUAAUGAUGGACAGGCAGUUCAAGAUUUCUCCUAACAGGGUCUCAGGCUGUUCCAGGGAGUUCUGCUUGGCUUGGGCUUUCCCGGGGCGCCUCCUGGUGUCCCCGAGUGCUGCCGUAACCCAGAGCAGUUCCUGGAGGACAACAGUGGGGAGAAUCAGGUGAUCGCCUCUACUGAAGCUCUGGAUGGCACCCGCCCUCCCUGGGGUCUCUGGUUGUGGGCAGUGCCUCAGUGCUUGUCUGGCUUGACCCAGGUGUUUUCCAAUUCACCUUGCUGGAGAAAGAAAGCAAAUGAGUAGGGUCCAGGGGGUAGGUCUGCACAGAUACUGCACAAAGGUAACACAGCACAGAGCCCAGAUGCCAAGUGCCUUCUGCCUAGAUAGGUGUUCGCGAUCAUAUCCAUGUCCUUGAUAGGAGCUGUCGAGACACUAAGACCUCGAGAGAGGUCUCGGGUCCAGGACGAGGGAGGUCUUUACUCUGCCCCGCCUGCCUUUCUGGUGGUCUUAAGUCUUUGUGGUGGGUAAGGGCAGGCCUAGGUGUGGUCACGGGCUGGGACCCAAGAGUCACCUUCUCUUUGACACAAGGGAAUGGACACUGAAGAUCCAGGUCUUCACAAGCCCAUAGAAUCUCAAGGAUGGAAGAGUAACUGGAAUCGCCUAAGCCCCCUACCUGCUGCUUGAAUUCCUAUUCAGAUUCAGUCACAAAGUAGACAUUUGCCUCUGCUUAAGCCAUUCCCUGUGGGUGUCCCUGCGUAGCAGCAAGGAACCGGAGACCACAGAACAGGCACCCUAGCAAGGAAGUCUCAGGUCUUCUGAUGACCAACUGCUAUGCCUCCUGCCGAUGGCCUUAUUCGGAAUGGAAAAAAAUCUUCAUGAAGUCUGCCCAGACUUCUCUUCUGAGAAGCACGCUAAUACCCAGGUCGCUCCUUCCCUUGUCUAAGGUGCUGAGGGCCUGGAUCAGAGUCACGCCGGGUUCUGCUGGGUGUGCUGUCUUCAUUGGACCGGGGGACCCCCGGGGGCAGAUGCCUGCCCCCCCUUUCCUCUUGUCACCCUAAGCACAGAUGUUCCUGCUUCCUCCAGAGUAUGCUUGGGAGAACCCAGCUCCCCUGUUCUCCCGCCGCUCUAUUUCUGACUGUUCUAGAUGGGAUGGGAAUUGUAUCACCGUGUCACAUCAGCCUUUGCUUUUCCAAUCCCGUCUUACCCAGGAUGCGCUAGGUGUGGGUUGGCCCCCACCCCACCCCAACAAGCAACCAUGGAUCCAGGAGCAGGGUCAGAGUCAUCUCUGACAGUCAAUGAGCAGGUCAUCGUGAUGUCAGGCCAUGAGACCAUUCGAGUGCUGGAAGUCGGAGUGGAUGCCCAGCUCCCCGCUGAGGAGGAAGGCAAAGGCCUAGAGGCUGGGACUGCUGAGGGCUCCCACUGUGGGGACCCAGCUGAAGCCAGUGAGCCUGCUGGGGAAGCUGGGCCAGACAAGCCAGAGGCCCCUGCAGAGGCAACUGCCAAGUCGCUCCCGGGGAUCCCUCCGAGCCCUGCCCCUGCCAUUGCCACCUUCAGCCAAGCCCCAAGCCAGCCUCAGGCAGCAUCUCAGACCUUGACGCCACUGGCCGUACAAGCUGCCCCCCAGGUCUUGACUCAGGAAAACUUAGCCACAGUUCUGACAGGAGUUAUGGUUCCAGCAGGGGCAGUUACUCAACCUCUUCUUAUCCCCAUCAGUAUUGCAGGUCAAGUGGCCGGUCAGCAGGGCCUGGCCGUGUGGACAAUUCCUACAGCAACCGUGGCUACCCUCCCUGGACUGGCCGCUGCUUCUCCCACAGGGGCAGUUUUCAAGCCACCAUUAGCCGGUCUCCAAGCGGCUGCUGUGCUCACGAACACUGCUCUCCCGGCACCCGUACAAGCGGCCCCACCAGUACAGACCUCCUCACUGGCCCAGCCGCGACCACCAGCCCAGCCCCAGACGCUGUUCCAGACCCAGCCGCUGCUGCAGACCGCACCCGCCAUCCUACCGCAACCCACCGCCGCCGCCACCACUGCUGCCCCCACCCCCAAGCCAGUGGACACCCCUCCCCAGAUUACCGUCCAGCCUGCAGGCUUCGCAUUUAGCCCGGGAAUCAUCAGCGCUGCUUCCCUCGGGGGACAGACUCAGAUUCUGGGCUCCCUCACCACGACUCCGGUCAUUACCAACGCCAUUCCCAGCAUGCCCGGGAUCAGCAGUCAGAUCCUCACCAAUGCUCAGGGACAGGUCAUUGGAACGCUUCCAUGGGUAGUGAACUCAGCUAGCGUGGCGGCCCCAGCACCAGCACAAAGCCUGCAGGUCCAGGCCGUGACACCCCAGUUGUUGUUGAACGCCCAAGGCCAGGUGAUUGCAACCCUGGCCAGCAGCCCCCUGCCUCCGCCCGUGGCUGUCCGGAAACCAAGCACGCCUGAGUCCCCUGCUAAGAGUGAGGUGCAGCCCAUCCAGCCCACACCUGCUGCGCCCCCGCCUGCCGUGGUCAUUGCCAGCCCAGCCCCGGCCGUCAAACCAUCCGCCUCUGCUCCCAUCCCGAUUACCUGCUCAGAGACUCCCACGGUCAGCCAGUUGGUGUCCAAGCCGCAUACUCCAAGUCUGGAUGAGGAUGGCAUCAACUUAGAAGAGAUCCGUGAGUUUGCCAAGAACUUUAAGAUCCGGCGGCUGUCCUUGGGCCUUACCCAGACCCAGGUGGGCCAGGCUCUGACUGCAACGGAAGGUCCUGCCUACAGCCAGUCAGCUAUCUGCCGGUUUGAGAAGCUGGACAUCACGCCCAAGAGCGCCCAGAAGCUGAAGCCUGUGCUGGAGCGGUGGCUGAACGAGGCGGAGCUGCGGAACCAGGAAGGCCAGCAGAACCUGAUGGAGUUUGUGGGAGGCGAGCCCUCCAAGAAACGCAAGCGCCGUACAUCCUUCACGCCCCAGGCCAUAGAGGCGCUCAACGCCUACUUCGAGAAGAACCCGCUGCCCACGGGCCAGGAGAUCACCGAGAUCGCCAAGGAGCUCAACUAUGACCGCGAGGUCGUGCGGGUCUGGUUCUGCAACCGGCGCCAGACGCUCAAGAACACCAGCAAACUGAACGUCUUUCAGAUCCCCUAGGGCUCGGGCCCAGCAGCCCUGUGAUGCAGCACUUUCUACCCUCCCUUUGGCACCUGGCUGCAGCCGCUGCUGUCACUGCACCUAUCGUUUCGCCACGCGCAGCUGUGCUGGCCCUGGCUUCGCGACUCCGCUCUGUGCAUGUGCGUCCCCGAUGGCUCCCUCUUCCCUUCCCCGCACCCGCAUAUCCGCGACUGGGGGUCCGGGGUCGGAGGGUGGAGUCGGGGAAGGGGAGGGGGCCGAGGGAGCUCCAGGCCCUUGCUUGGGCACGCUGAACGGGGGACUUGGUGGUGUCGCUUAGAGAAGCACUUUGCUAACGUGGUUCCUGAAGGAUGCAUUUUGGUUGGGAACCAGAAACUCCCGGGGUGUGGGCCCUGCUGUGGCUGUUCCCGACCGCAGGCCGCGAACUCUUAUUUUCUAUGUCAUUCUCUUUCUACCCUGUCUUCUCCUUUGUUCCUGUGUGUUGGUGUGGCAGAUGUGACAGCCCUGCCGGUGGACCCACCACAGCCUCAAACUCCCUUUGCCUGUAGACACAUUGCCCCUCCCCCCGCCAAAAGGACCCAGGAGGUAAAAUUCAGACAAGUGUGAUGUGCCGCUCAGAAGUCGGGCUCGAUGUUUGCCUUGACCUUGGGGUCAGAAGGUUCCCACGGCCCUGGAGCUCCUCUCCCACCUCUCCCUAGUUCCUUUGGGGGUGGGGUUGCACUAAAGCAGACACCUCCCCCCCCUUUUUUUCUUUUGCAAUUCAUUUUUGAGGAAAGCAGCAGUGAUCUCAAACUGCCCUGGGGUUGUCUGGUGUGUGCAGCAUGUGGGGAAUUUGGUGGACAAGGCCUUCCGCCCAGAUUUUAAUCUAAUCUCUGUCCAUAGCUAUUCCCCACCCCCACAAAGAGUGUGGGUUCAGAGAAUUUGAAAUCUAGACCAUCCCACUGCCCCAGCCAGCAGGCAAUUCUGGAGAAAAAUGAGGAAAAGAAUGCUGGCUUUCUCUCUCGUCCCCACACCCAGCCCCAACCCAGCUUCUCAAAAGGAGCAAAUUCGUUAACGAAGCAGACAGCCAGGCCCUUGGCGGGUAAGCACAGCAGCUAGAGAGAGCCGUUGGCAGCCAGGGAAGGUCUCCUGUGCAGGUCUACUUAACUCUAGUUUUCUCUGUAGCUUUAAGCUUUGAGUGUUGGAGGAGAAAUCUCAUUUUUUGGUCCAGAGUCUGAUUCCGUGUCUGUGUAAGAAAUCUCCCCCAGUGCUCCCUCUGAGUCCAGCACACGCCCAGGUUAGGAUGGGAGUUGCCUCCAGAGGGGGUCGCUGUGGCUCAUUCGGGGUUGGACCACCUCCGCCACAGGUCCCCCGUGCAGAGGUGCCUCUCAGCUAAGCUCCCCGUGGAGUGCUGUUUCUGUGUCUGCUUGCUGCGGGUCCCACCCAGGCCCUGCGAAGCUAGCGUGGCCCACAUCUUGGCAGCCCUGCCAGUGAGAUGUCUCUCUCCCUCUCUCCCUUUCACACACACACAUAUGCAUGCACACUCACGCCCCACUGCAUUUGCCCAGCUGAACCUGCCCAAGUGUGGCGUGGCCGAGGAGGCAGGAGGGCAGCUUGCCUGAGUGGGCUUCCCAAGAGAGACAGCCCCAGCUGGAGGCUCUCCGCGCCAGUCCCGUGACACACUCCUCCAGGAGGAGAGUGGGAAGCCAGUCUUGGGUAAGGAUGAAGCAGCCACUCAAUACACGAGGGAAUUGCAGGCGUCAUGCGCAAACCCCCGCACGCACGCGUGCUUUGUUUCCGGGGGAGAGUAAGUGGGUCACAGCUACUGUCCUUGGGAGCAGCUCCGAGUCCAGGGGGGCUUCCCCCAUGCGAUGGCUGUGCACGGGGACACUCUCUGUCCUGUGUCACGGCAGGGAAAGAUCGUGAACUGCUGUUCUAAAUUAGCCAUGCUUUCUUAGCACGUCUCUCCUCUAAGUCUGUUUUCCCAAGGCUGGGCUGAAACGCAACAAUUUUCUCUCCUCUAGAAGAAAGCGUCACUGACCCAGAGGAAUAGGAGCUGCAGGCUGCGGCCCCUGGUGGGAGGGUACAGGGUCUCCCUGACGUGUGCCCAAGGCCCAGCUUGCUGGCCUGUGGCCCCUGCUCAUUUCCCUGCAGUAGGACCCUGGGAAGCCAUUGGGCCUUGAGUCACUCACCUCUGAGAUGAUACAUACACAUUGUUUUUGGUAGCUUCAGACCUGAAGUGGGUUGAUCCAGGUUUUAUUUGGGAGAAGCAUCUUUCUGGGUGUUAAGCCAGAGCGCCUUGGUUUGUUUGCUCUGGAGAGACUGGAGGACAGGCAGAAACGGUUUCACUGUGUGGUUUUGUUCAAGUGGAGGGAAGGCCAGAACUUCCCGGGGCCUGCUGAAUGAUCUGGGGCCUUUGACCCUGUUCUAUUUAUUGUAUCCGGGGGUAGGGGGGAGCAGGGCCCAGGGAAAGGACUGGGCCAAAUGGACUGAGGAGCACCUGAGUUUGGAAGGAGAAGCCACCCUGCUGUUGCCCAGAUUUCUUUUUCUGACUCAUAGGCCGGGCUCUGAGGCUCUGACUGUCCCCAGUGCAGGGCAAAGCCUGCUGAGGACUGGAGCUGGGGGGAGGGGGCGGGCAGAAUGGGGGAGAAGCACUCGAUGUAGUUGUGUGGAAU